GCCGAGGCCCGGCCUGAGGAGGUAGCGGCGGCAGUGGCAGUUUCUGAGCUCAGGAGCGGGCCUUUCCAUGACUGCCUUCUCCUCAACACCCAGUUGCAGUUUAUUCCACCAAGACAUGUUCAUUUGGCUGUUUGAAAACUCUUAACACGGAUCCUGGUGAAUACCUCUGCCUUCAGGGGGACCCCCUGUACCUCUUUGGGGGUAUGAGGGCAAAAGGAAAUAUAUAACACAAGCUGCACCUGGUGCGCCCCGUUUGAAUUGUGAAGUUUGCUGGUGUGUGUCCUUCGAAAAAUAAGUCACCAUGGCUACUGAUUCUGAGAUUCUGCAUUUUCAGUUUGAACAGCAAGGAGAUGCUGUGUUGCAAAAGAUGAACCUCCUGCGGCAGCAGAACUUAUUUUGUGAUGUAUCAAUCUACAUCAAUGACACCGAGUUCCAUGGACACAAGGUGAUUUUUGCUGCCUGCUCCACAUUUAUGAGGGAUCAGUUUUUGCUCAAUCAGUCAAAACAGGUGCGAAUCACUAUCUUGCAGAGUGCUGAGGUCGGCAGAAAGCUGCUGCUCUCUUGUUAUACUGGAGCUCUGGAGGUUAAAAAGAAGGAGCUUUUGAAGUACCUGACUGCGGCAAGUUACCUUCAAAUGGUCCACAUUGUAGAGAAAUGUACCGAAGCUUUGUCCAAGUAUCUGGAAAUUGAUGCUUCUAUGGAGAACGGCAGCCAAAGCACAGAGAAAUGUCAUUCCUCAGACAUGGAACUGAGAAAUAGAGAUGACGGUAUAGAUAAGGACUGUGAAAUAAUUGAGAUUACUGAAGACAGCCCUGAUAAUUUAGACUAUCAUGUAAAACAAGAGAAGGACGGUGUCCUACAGCCUGCAAUGCAAAGUUUAGUAUCGGAAAGAAAAGACACACAAACACCAGAAAUAUCCACAGUCAAAAUAGGAUAUAAAGAUGAUGAAAUAUGUAUCUUCAGAAUGGAUUCUAUGAGUGCAGCUAAUGUGGAAAGUGAUCCCUUCCCACAGCCUUGCACCUCUUCCAAAACGAGUUUAUAUUUCUCAGAAACACAGCAUUCUUUGAUAAAUUCCACUGUUGAGAGCAGAAAUUCAGACAUGUCAGGAAGUUAUUUUCAGGCCUUUGUCAAUGACACUGCUGAAGGAAACUCUAGUGUAGCAAGUGGGUUCCAGAGUUUGGAGGAUUCUGGUUAUUCAUGGCGACAUCAGUGUCCUAAAUGUCCCCGAGGAUUUCUCCAUCUUGAAAACUAUCUCCGACAUCUAAAAAUGCACAAACUGUUCUUAUGUUUGCAGUGCGGGAAAACGUUCACACAAAAGAAGAAUCUCAACAGGCACAUCCGAGGGCACAUGGGCAUUCGACCAUUCCAGUGCAUGGUUUGCCUGAAGACCUUUACUGCCAAAAGUACGCUGCAGGACCAUUUGAAUAUUCACAGUGGGGACAGACCAUACAAGUGCCAUUGUUGUGACAUGGACUUUAAACACAAAUCUGCCCUAAAAAAGCACUUGACUUCAGUCCAUGGAAGGAGCAGUGGUGAAAAAACAAUUCUGGACACUAUCACAAAAAUCAAGAUAGACUAUGAUUAGCAGCCCUCUGGGUAGAUCUGGAGCCUGGAUCUACAUAGAAUCCUCUUGUAGCAGAAUCCCAGGUGUUCUACAAAUUCCCAUUUAAUGGAGACAAGUGCAAAUAUAUGUCUGUCAGAAAAUGAUCAAGAUGGGUCAUAUUUAUACUAACCCUGCCUACUGUGUUUAACUAGUAUUGUUGCAAGUCUUUGUAUGGUCUUUGCCGGUUGAAAGUAAACUGCAACACAGGGGAACAGUUUGUACUUCUUUACUGCUUCCUCUUAAAAAGAGACACUUUUUUCUGCUUGCCUUUCACCCUUCCUUUUUCCACUAAAGGGUGGUGCCAUUGAAUCUACAAUAAUUUGAGGCCAGAGCAGUGGCCUUCCCUGUGUUUAAUUGAUGUUCAUGUGGCUAGUCAUACCCAUUCAGUUCAUGUUUCAGUCCAGGGGGAAGUCACUUCUCACUUCAUUACACUUUGCUGAAUCUUUCAGCAAAAAAAAUGUCAGGGCCUGACACUCAGAAGUGUGUUUGUUUGUUUUUUUAAAACAAUGUUACUCUCCUCCAAACAAAAACUGAAGCCUUUAUGAAGAGAGAAGCAGAAAAAUGGUGUAUAGAUAUUCCUACCAUGCAGUUCACUUUUAAUUGGACAGAAUCUCAUUAGAUCCAAAUUUUAUUACAGUCAUUUUCUGAAUUUUUCUAGCACCCACUCUUCUGACAGCUUUGUUUUCACUGAUAUGAAAUGUUUCAUACACUUCUGUUUCACACAGUCUAAGCUAGUCCUGUCUUCUGUCUGUAUUCUCUUAUUUUUGUCUUUGGUUUUUGUAAAUUGUAGAUGUAUGUUGCCAGUGUGAGAAAUCUGAACUGUGUGCUGCCCCGUAAUAGAAAUCUAUCUAAUUGGAA